GAAGGUAGAGCACCAUCCACAGGAUCUGAGAGCAAGGAAGCUGAGGGAGAGAGAGAGGGAGAGAGAGACAGGAGCAGCGCUGAAUCUUCUGUCACUCUCUCUCACUCCACCGUGAGAGCUACAGGACUCAUGCUGUCCUCCAGCACACCCACACACACACACUGAGAGAGAGAGAGAGAGAGAGAAGACACUGAAACACACUGAAGAGAAAACGGAAGGAUUUUCUGAUUUCUCCUGAGGAGCUGCAAAUAACCCUCGGAGAAGGAUGGCAGAGGGAGAGGGGGGAGAUGAAGAGAUACAGUUUCUACGGACGGAAGACCAAGUUGUGCUCCAGUGCACCGCUACUGUUCUGAAGGAGCAGAUCAAACUAUGUCUUUCCUGUGAAGGCUUCGGGAACCGUCUGUGUUUUCUAGAGACAACGUCAAAUGCCCAGAAUGUGCCGCCUGAUCUGGCAAUCUGUGCCUUUGUACUGGAGCAGUCGCUGUCAGUACGAGCCCUGCAGGAGAUGCUGGCCAACACCGUGGAGAUGAACGAGGCAGUCGAUUUGGAUAAAUGGUCAUCUCAGGGAGGGGGACACCGAACGCUGCUCUAUGGCCACGCCAUCCUCCUGAGACACUACCACUCUAGCAUGUAUCUCAGCUGCCUGACGACAUCACGUUCACUCACAGACAAGCUGGCCUUUGAUGUGGGCCUGCAAGAGGAUUCUACAGGGGAAGCAUGUUGGUGGACCAUCCAUCCUGCAUCCAAACAGAGGUCAGAGGGUGAGAAGGUCAGGGUAGGAGAUGACCUGAUCCUGGUUAGCGUGUCAUCAGAGAGAUACCUACAUCUGUCAUACGCCAGCGGGGACCUGAUGGUAGAUGCCUCCUUUAUGCAGACAUUAUGGAACAUGAAUCCAGUCUGCUCAGGCUGUGAGCUGGCAGAGGGGUACUUAACUGGAGGUCAUGUCUUAAGAUUGUUUCAUGGUCACAUGGAUGAGUGUCUGGCCAUCUCAACACCUGAUCAGGGAGAGGAACAGCGCAAGAUUGCACAAUAUGAAGGAGGGGCGGUAUGCAGUCAGGCCCGUUCAUUAUGGAGACUUGAGCCUCUGAGAAUUGGUUGGAGCGGUAGCCACAUGAAGUGGGGCCAGGCUUUCCGUGUACGCCACAUCACAACGGGUCGGUACCUGUGUCUGGAUGAGGAGAAAGGGCUGAUGGUUCUGGAUCCAGAGAAAGCCAACACCAAAUUGUCUGCCUUCUGUUUCCGUGCAUCAAAGGAGAAAGUGGAGGGGGCUCAGAAGAAGCGAGACGUGGAAGGAAUGGGUGUUCCUGAGAUCAAGUAUGGCGAGUCCAUGUGUUUUAUGCAGCAUCUUUCCACAGGGUUGUGGCUCACAUACGCUGCUUUAGAUGCUAAAGCGGCUCGCCUGGGAACCAUGAAGAGAAGGGCCAUACUACAUCAAGAGGGCCAUAUGGAUGAUGCACUGACCUGCUCUCGCUCUCAGAUGGAAGAGUCUCAAGCUGCUCGUAUGAUCUACAGCACCACGGGCCUUUUUACACAGUUUAUCAAAGGUCUGGACUCUUUGAGUGGGAAGAACAAAUCCCCCGGUCCGGUGUCCCUGCCAUUGGACGGAGUGAUCCUGUCCUUGCAGGAUCUGAUCCAUUAUUUCCGGCCUCCAGAGGAGGAGCUGGAACACGAGGAGAAACAGACCAAGCUGCGCUCUCUACGCAACCGACAGAACCUCUUCCAAGAAGAGGGGUUGAUCACCAUCGUGCUGGAGUGUAUCGACCGCCUGAAUGUCUACAACACUGCUGCACACUUCUCUGAGUUUGCCGGAGAGGAAGCUGCUGAAUCCUGGAAAGAGAUUGUCAACCUGCUUUAUGAACUGCUUGCGUCGCUGAUUAGAGGAAACCGUUCUAACUGUGCUCUGUUUUGCGAUAACCUGGACUGGCUGGUUAGUAAACUGGAUCGUCUGGAAGCCUCUUCAGGCAUCCUAGAGGUGCUGUAUUGUGUUUUGAUUGAAAGUCCUGAAGUCUUGAACAUCAUUCAGGAGAAUCACAUCAAGUCAAUCAUUUCUCUCUUGGACAAGCACGGACGAAACCAUAAGGUUUUAGAUGUAUUGCGUUCUCUGUGUGUGUGUAACGGUGUCGCUGUGAGGUCCAAUCAAAACCUCAUCACAGAAAAUCUGCUUCCGGGCCGUGACCUCCUGCUGCAGACUAACAUCGUUAACUAUGUAUCAAGCGUGAGGCCCAAUAUCUUCUUGGGGACUUGUGAAGGUUCUACACAGUAUAAGAAGUGGUACUAUGAGGUGAUGGUAGACUAUGUGGAACCAUAUGUGACAGCUCAGGCUUCCCAACUGCGUGUUGGCUGGGCUCUGACUGAGGGCUUCAGUCCGUACCCAGGAGGAGGAGAGGGUUGGGGUGGCAACGGUGUGGGUGAUGACCUAUAUUCUUAUGGCUUUGAUGGCCUUCAAUUGUGGUCAGGUCAUGUGUCACGUCAGGUUGCUUCGCCCAACCAGCACAUCCUGGCAGCAGAUGACGUUGUGAGCUGCUGUCUGGAUCUGAGUGUGCCCAGUAUCUCCUUCCGUAUCAAUGGCCAUCCAGUCCAGGGAAUGUUUGAGAACUUCAACUUAGACGGCCUCUUCUUUCCCGUCAUUAGCUUCUCUGCUGGAGUGAAAGCUCGCUUCCUUUUGGGUGGUCGCCAUGGGGAUUUUAAGUUUUUGCCCCCUCCUGGUUACGCACCAUGUUAUGAAGCUCUUCUCCCCAAAGACAGAAUGCGCAUUGAGCCCAUUAAGGAGUAUAAACAUGACUUUGGUGGAGUCAGAAACCUGCUGGGCCCCACGCAGUCCCUCACGCACACCUCAUUCACUCCCUGUCCUGUUGACACUGCCCAGAUUGUUCUACCUCCUCAUUUGGAGCGGAUCAGAGAGAAGCUUGCAGAAAACAUCCAUGAACUCUGGGCUGUGACUCGUAUUGAGCAGGGUUGGACCUAUGGAGUGUUCAGGGAUGAUAAUAAGAAGUUGCACCCAUGUCUAGUGGACUUUCAGAGUCUUCCAGAACCCGAGAGGAAUUAUAACCUCCAGAUGUCUGGAGAGACCUUGAAAACCCUCUUAGCUUUGGGCUGCCAUGUAGGCAUGGGAGAUGAGAAAGCAGAGGAGAAUCUGAGGAAGAUCAAAUUGCCCAAAACUUAUGUGAUGAGCAGUGGGUACAAACCUGCUCCUCUAGACCUCAAUCAUGUCAAACUGACGCCCAAUCAGAACCAGUUGGUAGAGAAGUUGGCAGAAAAUGGGCAUAAUGUUUGGGCACGGGACAGAGUGAGACAAGGAUGGACCUACAGCAUUGUGCAGGACAUUUUUAAUAAGCGUAACCCUCGUCUGGUGCCAUACAACCUGCUGGACGAGAGAACCAAGAAGACCAACAGAGACAGUGUGAAUAAUGCUGUGCGCACUCUGAUUGGCUAUGGAUACAACAUCGAGCCCCCAGAUCAGGAGAGCAGUGGUCAUGGUGUUGAGAACGCACGUGGAGAUAAAGUGCGUAUCUUCAGGGCAGAGAAGCAGUAUGCUGUUACCUCAGGGAAAUGGUACUUUGAGUUUGAGGCCGUAACCACAGGAGAGAUGAGAGUUGGCUGGGCUCGACCGAAUGUCCGCUCUGACGUUGAGCUUGGUUCUGAUGAGCUGGCCUAUGUCUUUAAUGGAAACAGGGCUCAGCGAUGGCACAUUGGUAAUGAUCCAUUUGGCCGUCAAUGGCAGUCUGGUGAUGUGGUCGGGUGCAUGAUAGACCUCACUGAAAUGAACAUCAUGUUCACUCUUAAUGGAGAGAUGCUGAUCAGCGAUUCUGGCUCUGAAAUGGCCUUCAAAGACAUUGAGAUUGGAGACGGUUUUAUUCCAGUCUGCACUUUGGGUCUUUCCCAGGUCGGCCGUAUUAACCUGGGUCAGAAUGUUAGCAGCCUCCGCUACUUUGCCAUCUGUGGGCUCCAAGAAGGCUUUGAGCCAUUCGCCAUCAACAUGAAGAGAGAUAUCACAAUGUGGUUCAGUAAGAGCCUCCCCCAGUAUGUUCCAGUGCCCACCGACCACAACCACAUUGAGGUCUCUCGUGUGGAUGGAACCGUAGACAGCGCCCCCUGUAUUAAAAUAACCCACAAGACUUUUGGAUCCCAAAAUGCCAACACAGACAUGCUGUUCUUCAGACUGAGCAUGCCUGUAGAGUUCCACCUGACAUUCAAGGUGCCUGCAGGCACCACUCCCCUCACACGAACCCUCACCAUCCCUGAAGAAGAGGUGCUGGAGGUGGACCCCGACUCUGACUUUGAGGUGCUGAAGAAGUCAGCCAGUCGCAAAGAGCAGGAGGAGAAGGAAAAGGAGCCAUCCGUGCCCAAAGAUAUCCUAAGCAUUAAGGAAAAUGACAAAGACACUGCAUCUGAGAAAGGAAAGAAGAAAGGCUUCCUGUUUAAAGCUAAAAAGGCAGCCAUGAUCACUCCUCCUCCACCUCCACCUAUUAUGCCCCGUUUGUUUGAGGAUGUGGUGCCUGACGAUCGUGACGACCCAGAGAUCAUCCUCAAUACGACCACAUACUAUUACUCAGUCCGUAUCUUCGCCGGUCAAGAACCUAGCGGGGUAUGGGUGGGUUGGGUCACCCCAGACUUCCACAUGUAUGAUCUCAACUUUGACCUCUCUAAGGUCCGCACUGUCACUGUGACUGUUGGAGACGACAAGGGCAACAUACAUGACAGUAUGAAGAGGAGUAACUGCUAUAUGGUGUGGGGAGGAGAGUUUGGCGGCAGCACCCAGCAGAGGUUCAGCCAGGAGGAUCUGGUGAUUGGUUGCUUGGUUGACCUGGCAACAGGUCUCAUGAAUUUCACAGCCAAUGGGAAAGAGAUCAACACUUUCUACCAGGUGGAGCCCAACACUAAGCUGUUCCCAGCUGUGUUUGUAUUGCCGACCAGCCAGAACAUGCUGCAGCUGGAACUCGGAAAACUCAAGAAUAUCAUGCCUCUUUCGGCAGCCAUGUUCCGUAGUGAGCGCAAGAACCCGGUGCCCCAGUGUCCUCCUCGGCUGGAUGUUGAAAUGCUGACCCCUGUGAUCUGGAGCCGGAUGCCUAACCACUUCCUGAAUCCAAAAGUGGGGCGGGUGAGCGAGAGGCACGGCUGGAUGGUGGAAUGUACAGAGCCUCUCACCAUGAUGGCUCUGCAUAUACCUGAAGAGAACAGGUGUAUUGACAUCCUGGAACUGUCUGAGCAGCAUGACUUACUGAAGUUCCACUAUCACACUUUGAUGCUUUAUUGCGCUGUGUGCGCGUUGGGCAACAACCGUGUGGCCCAUGCCCUCUGCAGCCACGUGGACGAAUCACAGCUCUUCUACGCUAUUGAGAGCACCUACCUGCCUGGUCCUCUCCGCAGUGGCUUCUAUGACCUUCUCAUCAGUAUCCAUCUGGAGUCAGCCAAACGCAACCGCUUGGGAACCAAUCGUGAGUUUAUUGUUCCCAUGACAGAAGAGACGCUCAGCAUCACGCUUUUCCCAGAUGCAGAGGCGGCCAAUGACCUGCCAGGAGUUGGUCUCACGACCUGCCUCAGACCCAAGCUACACUUCUCCCCCAUCAACUUUGUGGGUACCGACCCAGAUUUGUACACCCUAAGCCCCAUAAUCCCUCUGCAGGAGCUAAAGACCAAGGCUCUAAGCAUGCUUACCGAAGCCGUGUUAGAUGGUAGCCAGGCCAUGCGCGAUCCUGUUGGGGGCAGUGUUGAGUUCCACUUCGUUCCUAUUCUCAAACUCAUCAGCACCCUCCUCAUUAUGGGCAUCUUCAACGAUGAAGACGUCAAGCACAUUCUCAAGAUGAUUGAUCCCAAUGUGUUUGGAAAGAAAGAGGAGGCAGGAGAGACAGAGGAACCAGGAGAGGAAGCUGCUCCCAAAGAGGAAGGAGAGGAGGUGAAGGAGAAAGAAGAAGCGGCUGAAGGAGAGGAGGAAGCCGUGGAUGAGGGAGUUGGGGAGGAGGAGGAGGAGGAUGAGGAGCUGAAAGCUCUGAAGAAGGAGGAGGGACAGGAAGGAGAAGAGGUUGAGAAGGCAGUAGAGGAGGAGGAGGGAGAGAAGGUGGAUGGAGAAACUGAGGAGGAAAAGGAGGCAGAAGAAGUAGGCGAGGGAGCCAAAGAGGAGGAAGAGGAGGCACCGGAGGAGGGACUACUUCAAAUGAAGCUGCCAGAGUCUGUAAAACUGCAGAUGUGUACCCUUCUACAGUAUUUCUGUGACUGUGAGCUCAGACACAGAGUUGAGGCUAUUUUGGCAUUCUCUGAUAAAUUCGUGCAGCAUAUCCAGUCAAACCAGCGUGAACGAUACAACGAACUAAUGAGAGCAUUUACUAUGAGUGCUGCAGAGACCGCUCGCAGGACCAGAGAGUUUCGCUCUCCUCCUCUAGAACAAGUUUUCCUGUUGACUAACUUCAAGCACAACCCUGAAGAAGAGGACUGCCCCGUGCCAGAGGAAGUGCGCGAAACCCUCCUGAGUUUCCACAAUGAGCUUCUGAAUCACUGUGGUGUCCAUGUAGAAGAAGAAGCAGAGGAGGAAGAGGUAGAAGCAUCUCUGAGAGGGAGACUGCUCAGUUUAGUGGAGAAGAUCAAGACCUUUAGGAAGAAAAAGGAGGAUGAGGAGCCAGAACCAGAGGAAGAGCCCAAACCUAGUACUUUACAGGAACUGAUAUCCCACACAAUGAUCCUCUGGGCACAGGAGUCCUUUAUUCAGAACCCUGAGCUGGUGCGGCUCAUGUUCAGUCUUCUUCACCGGCAGUAUGACGCACUGGGAGAGCUGAUCCGGGCCCUGCCAAAGGCCUAUGCCAUCAGCGCUGUGUCCGUACAGGACACAAUGGACCUACUGGAAUGCCUGGGACAGAUCCGUUCCCUUCUCAUCGUCCAGAUGGGCCCGGAAGAGGAGAGGCUUAUGAUUCAGAGCAUUGGGAACAUCAUGAAUAACAAGUUGUUCUACCAGCACCCUAACCUGAUGCGAGCCCUGGGCAUGCAUGAGACGGUCAUGGAGGUUAUGGUCAAUGUACUGGGAGGUGGAGGAGACUCUAAGGAAAUUCGAUUCCCGCAAAUGGUGACCAGUUGCUGUCGUUUCCUGUGCUACUUCUGCAGGAUCAGCCGUCAGAACCAGCGCUCCAUGUUUGACCACCUCUCAUACCUGCUGCAGAACAGUGGCAUUGGACUGGGGAUGCGUGGAUCUACUCCUCUGGAUGUUGCUGCUGCGUCUUGCAUCGACAACAACGAACUGGCACUGGCUCUGCAAGAGCAAGACCUUGAGAUGGUGGUGACUUAUCUGGCUGGAUGUGGCCUUCGGAUGUGCCCCAUGCUUCUGUCUAAAGGCUACCCUGACAUCGGAUGGAAUCCAGGUGGAGGAGAGAGAUAUCUGGACUUCCUACGUUUUGCUGUGUUUGUAAACGGUGAGAGUGUAGAGGAGAACGCCAACGUGGUUGUUCGUCUGUUGAUUCGUCGACCUGAGUGCUUUGGCCCCGCUCUGAGAGGAGAGGGUGGUGCAGGUCUGUUAGCUGCCAUCGAAGAGGCCAUUAAGAUCUCUGAGGACCCUGCCAGAGAUGGGCCAACUCCUAAAAAGGACAGACGUUUCAUGUUUGGAGGGGAGGAGCAACAUGAAGAGAACAGAUUGCAUCUUGGAAAUGCUAUCAUGUCAUUUUACUCUGCACUUAUUGACUUGCUAGGUCGCUGCGCUCCUGAGAUGCAUUUGAUCCAAGCAGGUAAAGGUGAAGCUUUGAGAAUCAGAGCCAUCUUGAGGUCUCUUGUACCCAUUGAAGACCUGGUGGGAGUCAUUAGCCUUCCUGUUCAGAUCCCCACCUUUGGCAAAGAUGGUCAGACUGUUGAGCCAAAAAUGUCAGCGAGUUUCGUGCCAGAUCACAAAGCCUCCAUGGUGCUUUUCUUGGACAGAGUCUACGGCAUUGAUAACCAGGACUUCCUGUUGCAUGUGCUAGAGGUGGGCUUCCUGCCCGAUAUGAGAGCCGCAGCCUCUCUAGAUACGGCGGCAUUCAGCACCACAGAGAUGGCUCUGGCUCUGAACCGUUACCUGUGCUCAGCUGUGCUUCCUCUGCUCACAAAGUGCGCCCCACUGUUCGCUGGCACAGACCACCGUGCCAUCAUGAUUGACUCAAUGCUGCACACCAUCUACAGACUGUCCCGUGGCCGUGCUCUUACCAAGGCUCAGAGGGAUGUCAUCGAGGACUGCCUUAUGUCUCUUGUCAAGUAUUUGCGGCCAUCUAUGUUGCAGCAUCUGUUGAGAAGGCUGGUGUUUGAUGUGCCAAUCUUAAACGAGUAUGCCAAGAUGCCCCUCAAGUUGUUGACCAAUCACUAUGAGCGCUGCUGGAAGUAUUAUUGCCUGCCAAAUGGAUGGGCGAACUUUGGAGUCACAUCAGAGGAAGAGCUGCAUCUCUCUCGCAAACUCUUCUGGGGCAUCUUUGAGUCCCUUGCACACAAGAAAUUUGAUGCAGAGCUGUUUAAGAUCGCCAUGCUCUGCAUCUGUGCCAUUGCGGGUGCCAUCCCUCCAGACUAUGUGGAUGCCAGCUAUUCAACUAUGACUGAGAAGAAAGCAUCUGUCGAUGCUGAGGGAAACUUUGACCCCAAACCAGUGGAGACAACAAACACCAUCAUUCCUGAGAGACUCGAUGCCUUCAUUAACAAAUAUGCUGAGCACACGCAUGAUAAAUGGGCCUUUGAGAAGAUCCAAAACAACUGGACAUAUGGUGAGGUUCUAGAUGAGAACAGCAAAACUCACCCCAUGCUGCGGCCAUACAAGACUUUCUCAGAGAAGGAUAAAGAGAUCUAUCGCUGGCCCAUUAAAGAGUCCAUCAAGGCCAUGCUGGCAUGGGAAUGGACUCUGGAGAAAGCCAGAGAUGGAGAAACUGAGAAAACUGAAGUGAAGGCCACCAGGAAGAUCUCCCAGACUGCUCAGGCCACCUAUGAUCCCAGCCAGGGAUACUCUCCCCAGCCAGUGGAACUGACAGGCAUGGCCUUGUCCAGAGAGCUACAAUCCAUGGCAGAGCAGCUUGCUGAGAAUUACCAUAACACUUGGGGCCGCAAGAAAAAGAUGGAGCUGCAAGCCAAGGGUGGUGGCACCCAUCCUUUGUUGGUACCAUAUGAUACAUUGACGGCCAAAGAGAAAACAAGAGACAGAGAGAAAGCCCAAGACCUGCUCAAAUUCCUUCAAUUGAAUGGAUACGCUGUCACCAGAGGGAUGAAGGACAUGGAACAGGAGAUUUCCUCCAUUGAGAAGCGUUUCGCUUAUGGGUUCCUGCAGAAGCUGUUGAAGUGGAUGGAGAUUGCCCAGGAGUUUAUUGCUCAUCUUGAGGCUGUUGUGAGCAGCGGACGAGUUGAGAAAUCCCCUCACGAACAGGAGAUUAAAUUCUUUGCCAAGAUUCUGCUUCCGUUGGUAAACCAGUACUUUAAGAAUCACUGCCUGUAUUUCCUGUCCACACCUGCUAAAGUCCUGGGCAGUGGUGGUCAUGCCUCCAACAAGGAGAAGGAGAUGAUUGCUAGUAUCUUCUGUAAGUUGGCCGGUCUGGUGAGACACAGGGUUUCCCUCUUUGGCACUGAUGCCUCAGCAGUGGUCAACUGUCUUCAUAUUCUUUCCCGCUCACUGGAUGCCAGAACUGUGAUGAAAUCUGGGCCUGAGAUUGUGAAGGCUGGUCUGCGCUCUUUCUUUGAGAGUGCUGCCGAUGAUAUUGAGAAGAUGGUUGAGAACCUUAAACUAGGGAAAGUGUCUACCAAAAACCAGGUGAAAGGUGUAUCUCAGAACAUUAGCUACACCACUACUGCUCUUCUGCCAGUGCUCACCUCUCUGUUCGACCACAUCGCCCAGCACCAGUUUGGAGAUGAUGUCAUGUUGGAUGACUUGCAGAUAUCCUGUUACCGUAUCAUGUGCAGUAUCUAUUCCCUGGGCACUGUAAAGACCCCUCAUGCUGAGAACCAAAGACCAGCUCUAGGAGAAUGUCUGGCUCAUCUGGCUGCUGCCAUGCCUGUUGCCUUUCUGGAGCCUCUCCUCAACGAGUUCAACACAUACUCAGUGUACACUACCAAAACCCCACGAGAGAGAACAAUCCUGGGUCUGCCCAGUCAAGUGCAGGAACUGUGUCUGGACAUCCCUGAGCUGGACGUGUUGAUGAAAGAGAUCGGGGAUCUGGCAGAGUCUGGGGCCCGUUACACAGAGAUGCCCCAUGUGAUUGAGAUCACCCUACCCAUGCUGUGCAACUAUCUGCCCCGCUGGUGGGAGAGAGGACCAGAGAACUUCCCAGAGCAGGAAGGCUGUCUGUGCACGGAUGUCACCUCGGAACAUCUCAAUCAGCUCCUGGGUAGCAUCAUGAAGAUUGUCGUCAAUAACCUGGGCAUUGAUGAAGCUUCCUGGAUGAAGAGAUUAGCAGUGUUUGCUCAGCCCAUUGUGAGCAGGGCGAAGCCUGAGAUGCUCAAGUCCCAUUUCAUUCCCACCAUGGAGAAGCUGAAGAAACGUUGUGGAAAGGUGGUGGCUGAGGAGGAUCAGCUGCGUAUGGAGGGGAAGGCAGAGGUGGACAGUGAGCAGGGAACCAUUCGUGAUGAGUUCGCUGUGCUCUGCAGGGAUCUGUAUGCUCUUUACCCGCUACUCAUCCGAUACGUGGACAACAACAGGGCGAGGUGGUUGACCUGUCCUGACCCUGAUGCUGAGGACCUCUUCAGGAUGGUUGGAGAAGUCUUUAUCUUCUGGUCCAAAUCACACAAUUUCAAGCGUGAGGAGCAGAACUUUGUGGUGAUGAAUGAGAUCAACAACAUGUCCUUCCUCACUGCUGACAGCAAAAGCAAGAUGAGCAAGGCCGGAGACGGAGAGGGUGGAGGCUCAGAUGUUGAGCGGACCAAGAAGAAGCGGCGUGGGGACCGUUAUUCCGUUCAGACCUCGCUGAUUGUAGCGGCCCUGAAGAAACUGCUUCCCAUCGGCCUCAACAUGUGCUCCCCUGCAGACCAAGAGCUCAUAAACAUGGCCAAGAUCCGCUACUCCCUGAAAGACACAGACGAAGAAGUGAGGGAGUUUCUGCAGAAUAACCUGCAUCUACAGGGAAAGGUUGAGGACCCAGCUAUGCGCUGGCAGAUGGCUCUGUAUAAGGAGACCUCAGGUAAAGCUGAAGACGCUGAUGCACCGGAGAAGGUUGUGAAGAGAGUUCAGGAAGUUUCGGCUGUUCUCUUCCACAUUGAGUUGACUGAGCAUCCAUUCAAGUCCAAGAAGAUGGUUUGGCACAAGCUUCUGUCCAAACAGCGUCGCAGGGCAGUAGUGGCCUGCUUCAGAAUGACACCGCUGUACAACAUCCCCAGGCACCGGGGAUCUAACAUGUUCCUUAAUGGUUACAAGCGCAAUUGGAUUGAAAAUGAGGGCUACUCUUUUGAAGACAAGAUGAUCGAUGACUUAUCUAAAGCAAUGGAGCAGGAAGAAGAAGAAGAGGAAGAAACCGAAUCAAAACCAGACCCCCUUCAUCAACUCAUCCUUCACUUUAGCCGCACAGCUCUCACCGAGAAAACUAAGCUUGAAGUGGAUCAUCUAUAUAUGUCAUACGCUGAUAUUAUGGCAAAAAGCUGCCACAUUGGUGAGGAGGACGAAGGGGGAGAGGAGGGGGGCGAGGAGCCAUCCUUUGAGGAGAAGGAGAUGGAAAAGCAGAGGCUUCUGUACCAGCAGUCCCGUCUACAUGACCGCGGAGCAGCUGAAAUGGUUCUGCAGAUGAUCAGUGCUUGCAAAGGUGAGACGGGAGCCAUGGUUUCAUCUACUCUCAAACUUGGCAUCUCCAUCCUCAAUGGUGGCAACAGUGCUGUUCAGCAGAGGAUGUUGGACUACCUGAAAGACAAGAAAGAUGUGGGCUUCUUCCUCAGCCUACAGGCUCUCAUGCAAACCUGCAGUGUUCUGGACCUGAAUGCGUUUGAGAGACAAAAUAAGGCAGAGGGUCUUGGAAUGGUGUCAGAGGAGGGCUCAAACAUCAAGCUAGAACGUGAAGAGAAAGUGAUGGCGGAUGAUGAAUUCACUUGUGACCUUUUCCGCUUCCUGCAGCUGCUCUGUGAAGGCCACAACAAUGAUUUCCAGAACUAUCUGCGCACACAGACAGGCAGCACAACUACGAUCAACAUCAUCAUCUGCACUGUUGACUAUCUGCUCAGACUGCAGGAGUCUAUCAGUGACUUCUACUGGUAUUACUCUGGGAAGGAUAUCAUUGAUGAACCAGGCAAGAGAAACUUUUCUAAGGCAAUGACGGUUGCUAAACAGGUUUUCAACAGCCUGACAGAGUAUAUCCAGGGGCCUUGCACUGGUAAUCAGCAGUCUCUGGCUCACAGCAGAUUGUGGGAUGCCGUGGUGGGCUUCUUGCACGUGUUCGCACACAUGAUGAUGAAGCUAGCACAGAUGCACCCUGACCCUGGACUCCGAAAUGGCGACUCCAGUCAGAUUGGUCUGUUGAAGGAGCUUCUGGAUCUGCAGAAGGACAUGGUGGUGAUGCUUCUCUCUCUAUUAGAGGGUAACGUUGUGAAUGGCACAAUCGCUCGCCAGAUGGUUGACAUGCUGGUUGAGUCAUCCAGCAACGUAGAGAUGAUUCUCAAGUUCUUCGACAUGUUCCUCAAACUGAAGGACAUUGUGGCAUCAGAUGCCUUCCGUGACUAUGUGACAGACCCUCGUGGUCUUAUCUCCAAGAAAGACUUCUCCAAGGCCAUGGACAGUCAGAAGCAGUACACUCCAUCUGAGAUCCAGUUCCUGCUGUCUUGCUCUGAAGCCGAUGAGAACGAGAUGAUCAAUUUUGAGGAGUUUGCCGAUCGCUUCCAAGAGCCAGCCAAAGACAUCGGCUUCAACAUUGCUGUGCUACUCACCAACCUCUCUGAGCAUGUUCCUCAUGACACUCGCUUGCAGAACUUUUUGGAGCAAGCUGAGAGUGUGCUGAACUACUUCCGACCCUUCCUGGGCCGUAUCGAGAUCAUGGGCGCCAGCAAGAGGAUAGAACGUAUCUACUUUGAAAUCAGCGAGGCCAACCGCAACCAGUGGGAGAUGCCUCAGGUCAGAGAGUCAAAGCGGCAGUUCAUCUUUGAUGUUGUCAAUGAGGGUGCUGAGUCUGAGAAGAUGGAGCUCUUUGUGAACUUCUGCGAGGACACCAUCUUUGAGAUGAACAUUGCCUCGCAGAUCUCAGAGCAGGAAGAGGAGGUGAUCGAAGAUGAGGAUGAAGAAAAUGAGGAGGAGAGCAGUGGUGGUGGAAAUGGAGAGGGAGAAGGAGAAGAAGGUAAUGGAGAAGCAGCACCACCUGAAACCAGCUCAGCCUUUGCAGACUUCAUCAAGAGCGUAAUGAACUUCAUUAGCCUCUUCACUUUCCGCAAUCUCAGGCGCCGUUACCGCAAAAUCAGGAAAAUGACCAUAAAGGACAUGAUUGUUGGUCUGGUCAUGUUCCUCUAUACUGUCCUCUUUGGCAUCCUGCACUUCAUCUACAGCGUCUGCAGAGGUUUCUUCAUGCUCAUCUGGAACACUCUCUUCGGAGGAGGUCUGGUGGAGGGAGCUAAGAAGAUGACAUUGACAGAGAUUCUGACUAACAUGCCCGACCCAACUCAAGAUGAGGUGCACGGUGACCUUCCACCUGAGCCAGGAGCAAGACAAGUACAAGAAUCAGGUGGAGCUGGUGAGGGAGAGGAGGGAACAGGAGGAGGAGAAGAGGAAGCAGAAGAAGGAGAGGAUGAUGAUGGUGGAAGACCUGGUUUUGGUCCUCCCGGCGGUUUAGGAGAUAUGGGAGAAACAGAGCCAGAGGAGCCUCCGACUCCAGAAGGCAGCCCACUCCUGAAGAGGAAGCUGGUGGUUGAAGAAGGAGAGGGAGAAGCAGUAGAAGCGGAGAAAGUUGAGGAAGAAGCAGUCCCUGAACCUGAAAAAGCAGAUGCUGAAAAUGGAGAAAAGUCAGAGAAGGAGGCAGAACCUGAGCCAGAGGAAAAACUAGAUGAAGAGCAAGAGGAGAAAAAAACAAAGGCUAAAGCAAAGAAAGGCAAGAAGCAAGAAGAAGAGGGCUUUGAACUCUGGAAUGAACUUGAAGUCCAAAGAAACAAGUUCAUGAAUUAUCUGUCUCGCAAUUUCUACAACCUACGCUUCCUGGCUCUCUUCAUCGCCUUUGCACUCAACUUCAUUCUGCUCUUCUACAAGGUAUCUGACAGCCCACCUGGAGAAGAGGAGGAGUUUGAGGGUUCGGCUAUGUUUGAGGGUUCUGGUGUAUUUGAGGGCUCUGCUGUGUUUGAAGGCUCUGGUGUGUUUGAGGGCUCCGGGAUCUUUGAGGGCUCUGCUGGAGAAGAUGAAGGUUCUGGAAUGGAGGAGAAUGGAGAGGAAGAUGAGGAAGAAGGGUUUGUCCACUACUUCCUGGAGGAGAGCACUGGAUAUAUGCAGCCUGCUUUGUCCUUCUUCUCUAUCUUACACACCGUCAUUUCCUUCCUAUGUAUCAUUGGCUACAACUGUCUGAAGGUUCCUUUGGUCAUCUUUAAGAGAGAGAAGGAACUGGCCCGUAAACUGGAGUUUGACGGUCUGUACGUAACUGAACAACCAGAAGAUGACGACAUCAAGGGCCAGUGGGACAGACUUGUCCUCAAUACACCGUCUUUCCCGAACAACUACUGGGACAAAUUUGUGAAGAGAAAGGUGCUAGAGAAGUAUGGCGAUAUCUACGGUAGAGAAAGAAUCGCUGAGCUGCUCGGCAUGGAUCUAGCAUCCCUUGAUGUCAGUGCUAUGACACACGAGAAGAAGCCUCAGAUUGAUCCCUCAAUGUUCACAUGGUUGACGUCUAUUGACAUCAAAUACCAAAUCUGGAAAUUUGGAGUGGUGUUCACUGAUAAUACGUUCCUGUAUCUGGUUUGGUAUAUGGUCAUGUCACUGCUUGGCCACUACAACAACUUUUUCUUCGCCUGUCAUCUGCUGGACAUCGCUAUGGGCGUCAAAACCCUGCGCACCAUCCUGUCCUCUGUAACUCACAAUGGCAAACAGCUGGUGAUGACGGUGGGUCUGCUGGCUGUGGUGGUCUACCUCUACACCGUGGUGGCCUUCAAUUUCUUCCGAAAGUUCUACAACAUGAGUGAGGAUGAAGACGAACCGGAUAUGAAGUGUGACGACAUGAUGACCUGUUAUCUGUUCCACAUGUACGUGGGUGUGCGAGCUGGUGGUGGUAUAGGAGAUGAGAUCGAGGAUCCAGCCGGAGACGAGUAUGAACUUUAUCGUGUGGUCUUUGACAUCACCUUCUUCUUUUUUGUCAUUGUCAUCCUGCUGGCCAUCAUUCAAGGUCUGAUCAUUGAUGCCUUUGGUGAGCUGAGAGAUCAGCAGGAGCAGGUCCGAGAGGACAUGGAGACUAAGUGUUUCAUUUGUGGAAUUGGAAGCGACUACUUUGACUCGACUCCGCAUGGCUUCGAGACGCAUACGAUGGAGGAGCACAAUUUAGCCAACUACAUGUUCUUCCUGAUGUAUUUAAUCAAUAAAGAUGAAACGGAGCACACAGGACAGGAGUCCUAUGUAUGGAAAAUGUACCAGGAGCGAUGCUGGGACUUCUUCCCAGCUGGUGACUGUUUCAGGAAGCAGUAUGAAGAUCAACUUGGCUAAUUCUACAGCCUUGAAAGUGUGUGUUUGUGUACAAGUAUAAUUUCAGGAAUGAGGGUCAAAGAGGGAAUUGUGAAAAAUAGCCAAAAGAAGGGAACAAGAGAUAAAUGACCGACUGUAGCCUUGAUUUGACUCUCACAACCCUCAUCUUCAGCCAACACAUCACACAGACCACACAAACUCACUCAUAAUACUUAAAACCUUUGAUUUCCCUGUGUUUGACUAAACGAGAGAGAAAAAGAACUAAGACUGAGCAUCAAAAGAAAGUUUUUUUUAAACUGUAUAUACACACUACAUGGCCUUUACCUAUCCACUAAGGACUUUUUAAAUCACAUCAAGCCAAAAUGAACAAACACCCCAAAACAAAGCCUUCCUUUCCUCUCUGUUUUGUCUGUCACUAUCAAUCUAAAAAAAUCUCAGUGCCUAAUGUUGAAUCUUAACAGUACAGUGAGGAUUUAAGUAUGAUUUUAUUGAUAGUCUGUAGCGAUCGAUCUUUUUAUGUGUAGAGUAGCUGUCUAGAUCUUUUAAUUUUAGCGUAUAUAAAUAAAGCUUUGUUUAUGUUUAUUUAUUCACGUAUACCACAGAAAUAUAGCCAUAUGAGUGGUAGCAUCCUGCUCUGUGACUUGUAUAUAGAGCAUUUUGACAAAUAUCAAGCCAGGCUUUUUCCCUGGCGCAUCGAGCGAAUGUGAGAAUGCGUGCAACAAAACAUCUUAAUACCAUUUUAUUCUCGGGAGGAAAGUAGUACAACCCCAAUAUUUCUCUCCCGCCUCUGUUUCAAGUUUCAGAGAAUUACAAAUGGUCUCACGAGAAGUUUUAACUUUGUAAAAAUGUGAAACCACCUGUUUUGCACUCUAGAGUCUUAUAAUGGGACGCUGUAUCCAUGUCAAGCACACACUUCCAUGGAGUCCUGCUACACAAUGCUGUAUUACAAAUAUAAAGAGUUGGAGAGAGUUUGUGGGUCAUUCGUUUCAUUAAAAACCUCCUCUCUAAAUUUACAAGGCGAUGUCCUUUUACUCUGAUUAUGGGACAGAAGUACUAUCAUGACUAUAUGCACAGUAUUAUUUAGGUUGCUAUACUGUCAUUUAAGACUUUGACGUGAACUAUGCUGUGUCAUUCAGAUAGCAAGACUGCAACUUACUUUAUUCACUUAAACACAUAGAUGAUAUAUUUUUGUUGGAGCUCUAAAUAAUUAAGACACUCUGAACUCAUUAUGUCACAAGUGAGUAUUUAUUAUGUACCUUUU